AUGAGAAAAAUAUUAUUGGUAUUCAAUACUUUAAAAACAUCUUGGCCGCCGGAUCUUCGUAAAUUGUUUGUCUUUGUUCGCGACUCUCAUCCAAUUCCAACUAGAUCGUCUAUUACAGACUUAAAAGUUCCAUCAGUUAAGACCACGCAAGCAAAAUCCAAAAUUUCCUUCAGUGGUGCAAGUUUAUUUAAUUCUUUACCUUCCGAAUUAAAAGAUAUUGAAAAUCAUUCAAUUUAUUCCUAUAAAAAGAAGCUCAAAACCUACUUUAUUCAAUUGAAUUAUGAAGUAGAUCACGUUAAUAAAUUCAGCUGCAUCGAUUGUAAGCAUAUUACUCAUUUUCAAUGUUACUCUCAAUAGGAUUUUCUUUUUAUAUAUUACUAUUAGAUAUCGAGGGCCAUUGGGAAGAAUACUAUAUUAAGUAAUCAAUGUAAUCCCUCAUUAAAUAAAGUUUUAUUAUUAUUAUUAUUAUUAUUAUUAUUAUUAUUAAUGACGAAGUCGAAGGAGGUGAUGACGAAACGGUAAUGGACGAAGACCAAACUGUUGAAGAACUAGAUGAAGCAAAAACCUCCAAUUUCCGUGAGGAGAACAAGAACGACACAUACAGAAGGAGGAAGGAGCAGACAAAUAAACUGUACUUAACCGGAAAACGAACGCUUAUAAAACGCCUCAGUGCCAAGACAAAUGUAUCAGUUUCUAAUGAACCGACAUCUUCGAUAUGA